CUUCUCGCGUUUUUUCUCAGGAGGCGAGAAAAGAGACGAAGCUACGAUGGUAGCAGUUUGUUAGCCCUGUGUACUAAACAAUUUCGCUUUCAGCUGAAUGGAGGAGAACCUUCCCGACUGUUAUUAAGGCAGGGUUUCCAGUGGACCUUCUGCACACACUUCCAAGAUCAUCAUCCUCCAGAGGUUGUGAUUUGAAAAUGUAGCCAAGAGGGAAGUGGGUCAUAUCUGCAACCUCUCCAUUCCUGUCCAGGCAAAAGCAGUGACUUCUGACCUCCAUCCAAACUCUGGAAUAUUUGGCCCCUUACCAGGGCUGCCUAGUGCGUGACUCGGCCGUCCUCAGUCAGUCCGUCCCUGGUUGAAGACCCUGCUGUCCUCAGCCAUGCUGUUCUCCUUAAGGGAACUGGUCCAGUGGCUGGGCUUUGCCACCUUUGAACUCUUCCUCCACCUCCUAGCUCUGCUGGUCUUCAGCAUGCUGGUUGCUCUGCGAGCUGACAUGUUCACCCCCACACUGAGCUGGUGGCUUGUGUUCGUCCCGCUGUUCGCCGCUGAUGGCCUCAGCACCUACUUCACGGCCAUCGUGUCCAUCCGUCUUUACCAGGAGAAUGAGAAGCGUCUGGCGGUGCUACGGCUCCUCUGGGUUCUGACGGUGCUCAGCCUGAAGCUGGUGUGCGAGGUGCUGCUCUGUCAGAAGCUGGCGGAGCAGGAGCAGGCCAGGGACCUGUGGUUCGGCCUCAUCGUCUCGCCGCUGUUCAUCCUGCUGCAGCUGCUGAUGAUUCGAGCGUGCCGCGUCAACUGAGGAAAAGCAGUUAGCGGUUCACAUCAAUGACAACACGGGAACAGAGAGCAAUCUUUUUCUGCCAUUAGAGAUUUAAAGUAUUACAAUGGUGUCUUUUUGCUUUUGGCUCAUCACUAUCUUUUUUUUCUUACAAAAACAAACCCAACACCGUUUUCCAUUCAAAUCUUGUGCUCAAAAACUAACAAAACAUCUUGCUAUCUUAAGUGAAAAGUCGAAGCUGUUGCUAUUGAAAUAACAAAAUCAUAUGCGAAAAAAAACGUUGCCAAAAGUGAAAAAUAAUAAGAAUAUCCGUCCCUUGGUUUUGAAAAAAUCAGGGCAAUAGCUUUUCUGUAAACCUGGUGACAAACAAAGCAUCACACUAACCCUCAGUGAAGAUAAACAAAUGAAUGACUAUUUUGGAUAUGUAAACAGACGUAAAAGUAAAUUCCUAAAGUGAACCUUUACUUGAUUCUGAACACUAAAAGAAAGUCAAAUGUAACUAGACAAUAAAAUAUUGUAUGUCAGCCCUUUUUUCAUCAGGGUAAAAUAUGGCUUUGCAUUUUUUAUACUUAUACGGAUACAAAGGGGUCCUAGUAGUAAAUGUGUAUUUGGGACAUGCUGUGCCUUUUACAAUGUGCAAUCAAUGAUAGACAAUGAGCCAUAAGGAAAACGUAUACCAUAAAUAUGUUUGAAUGCACAUGUGCACACAACACAUGUACAUGUAAUAAACAUCUAAGAACCGAAAGGCUGUACUGCCCCGGGCCCCUUUUUGGGCACCUGUGAUGGGUACCAGAGCUCUAGGAGUUGCUACAGCUGUUUUGCUUUUUCACCCACAAGAAGACAUUGCUUGCAUCAUGUGUCUCACUUUGUUGCCUGUUCAUAGGGAGUCCCACCCCAGAGUUGCCUAGCGUGUCACUUCCAUCAGUGAGAAUGGUCUGAAGGGCAGGAAGCUGCUUCUGAAGCUUGUUGUCCGUCUCAAUGUAGAAGAACUGAAUGUGAUUUCCACAAGAAGUCCACUGUGUGCACACGUCUUCCCUGAUUAUUGCUGUUUAUUUGUACGAUAUGUAAUGUAUUUGAUCUGAGUUCGAUCCUACCGUGUGUAUGUACUGCAUGUAUUUAAGGCCUCAUUUGAAAAGUAAUUCCCUAUGUGAAAUAUUGUGUCAUGUGUAUAUGUUGAUUUUUGAAGGAAAUCCACCAAAUCUUAUUUAUGUACUUAUUAUGGCACCUUUUAUUGUCUUCUGUAUAUACAUGUAAAUAAACCAUCAACAUUUA